CACCUUAGUUCGGAGCGAGCGGCUCGCGAUGCCGCACAGCUAUGAGUCCUCCGAGUUUUGCAAUACGAGACCUGCUGCCCGAGGCUUCUUCGCGCUCCCCCUCUCCCUCCGACACCGAACUCGACGUGACAGGCACCGAGACUCCUCCGCCUGGCACUUCGACUACACCGGAUGAAAAAAAGAAUGAGAAACCUGCGUACAGCUACAACGCGCUCAUCAUGAUGGCCAUUCGAAGCAGCCCCGAGAAGCGACUUACGCUAAACGGUAUAUAUGAGUACAUUAUGAAGAAUUUCCCUUACUAUAAAGAGAAUAAACAGGGCUGGCAGAAUUCUAUACGUCACAAUUUAAGUUUAAAUAAGUGCUUCGUCAAAGUACCGAGGCAUUAUGAUGACCCAGGUAAGGGGAACUACUGGAUGUUAGAUCCCUCUUCUGAUGAUGUUUUUAUUGGCGGAACGACUGGGAAGCUAAGAAGGCGAUCCACUGCCGCAUCGAGAUCUCGGCUGGCGGCAUUCAAACGAGGCGCAAUUCUGCAUCCAAUGUUUGGGAACCCAUACGCAUCAUUGGUGGGACUCUAUCCACCCUUACUGUCUGUUUACGGAAGGUACGCUUUGCCGAGCCCGUUGCUGAGGCUGCCACCGCCUCCACCGAGCCCCUAUCACCAGCUGUAUCGAAGGAUUCACGGAUUGUCACCACCGGUGAGUCCUCCCGGCCCCGAGUCAGAUUCCCACAUGGCUAAGCAUAGUUGAUCGAGCUGCGGUCUCCCGGUAUCCUCGGGAUACUGGUCCAGACGUGCCAGUGGCGAUAUCGAACUGUUUCGAAGUGUCAGACUGUGAUAAAUGGGCGCGCCCGUGUGUAUUAUAAUCGUUUGUGUCUGUAAAAAGUGGUACCGCUAUUUAUUUAUUGACGUAAGAUUCUAUUUAAUGAUUUUAAUGUUAAGAGGCUAAAUUUAAGUUAUAUUGCAAUAAAAUAUGUCUUCAAAAAA